AUGGCCACCAUCGAUGCUAGGCUUCCUCCCUUGGACGGAUCCUUGAACGGUUUGCCCGGUUUCGUCGACUUCCACGCUAAGCACAAUCCGAACCGAGCUCUCUAUGUCUUUCCGUACACCGACCUCAACUCUGACGAACUCCGUACUACGUCCUACAGCGACUUCGCUCAGGCCACCCACCGAGUCGCGCACACCCUCCGACCGAAGCGGGAAGGCCCAGACGGGCUUGUCGUCGCCAUAAUUGCCAACGUUGACUCGGUCCUGUACCAUGUGAUGCUUGUAGGCCUCAUCCGAGCAGGAUGCGUGCCCUUCGCUAUGUCUCCGCGCAACUCAGCGCUGGCCAUCGCAAGCAUGAUGGAGCGCACGCAAUGCCAUCAUAUCGUCUCGCAGCCAGCAUUUACCGGGAUCAUCAGUGAAGUGCGUUCUGCGCUUCCGUCUGGCUACUCCGUCCAAAUCGACGAAGUGCCGUCUCUGUCCUCCGUCCUCCCGUCUCUCGCGCUUACUCCGCCGGACCCAGUCACCGAGCCUGAGCCGUACCCGUCGCCUCUGCAAGAUCUCGUACCUACCUCUGUCGCCCUCUACUUGCAUUCCUCCGGAUCCACAGGGCACCCAAAGCCCGUGCCGCAGACACAUGAAUUCCUCCGCAAUUGGUGUCGCUUUCCUGUCGUCCUCCAUGGCCGACUUCAUGCCGUGGGCUGGGGUGCGCACGCGCUUCCGCCGUUUCAUACCAUGGCGAUAGCUGUCCAGCUGCUUGCGCCGCUUGUGUCCGGAUGCCCUACCAGCCUGUUCCCGCCACGCGCCGUGGAAGGCGACCCGCCGGUCAUACCGACACCGCAGAACACGAUAUUGAAUGCGAGGAAGACGAGCUGUGGAAUCCUGGCUACUGUUCCAUCGUUUGUGGAGGCAUGGGCCCAUAACGAUGAAGACGUCAAGUAUCUGGCAUCGCUGAAGUUGCUUAUCUUCGCCGGAGGCCCACUGUCAAAGGUAAAUGGCGACAAGCUUGUCGCCCGUGGAGUGCAUCUCUCCGCAGGUUACGGCGCCACAGAGACGGGCAGCAUCAUGAAGAUGCCAUUCGUCAACACAAACGUGCCUGAUCCCGACGCCAAAUCGCCCGAAGAUUGGGAAUGGAUCAUCAUGCCCGACGAAUGCAAACCGAGAUGGGAGGACCAGGGAGACGGGACGUAUGAACUACAGCUACUGACCUGUCCAACACACCGACCUGCUGUCGAAGAUUUGACUCUGUCAAGUGGCGAGCGUGGCUGUUCCACGUCUGAUCUCUGGAUCCCGCAUCCCACAAAGCCAGGUCUCUGGAAAAUAGUGGGACGCAAGGACGAUGUCAUCGUGCUUGGGACAGGCGAGAAGACUGUGCCGAUACCGCUCGAGGGGCAUAUCGGAGCGCAUCCACUCGUCAAGGGCGUGAUCGCAUUUGGACGCGGGCACCAGCAGGUUGGCAUCCUCGUCGAGGCUAAGCCCGGCCCCGAAGUCGACCCUACCGACCACGCCGAAGUCAUGAACUUCCGCAACGCCAUGGAGAGAAGGGAUGGAUGGAUGGCAGUGCCCCGCGUGGAGGAGGCGAACCAUGACGCACCGGCGUUCUCGAGGAUAUUCAAAGAGAUGAUUCUCAUUGUGGACCCGAGCCGGCCACUGCCUCGCGCCGGGAAGGGCACCGUUCAGCGCAAGAGGGCGCUCGAACUGUAUGCGCAGGAUAUCGAAGACUUUCUCAGUGCAACGUUUCUCCGGAACCGCAUCAUCGGCGCGCUGCGCGGUUCAUCCGAUGCCGCCGUCAAUGCGACUGCCCGCCAGGUCCCGCAGAACUUCGUCUUCCAGUAUCCGACGCUGGCAUCGCUUGCAAGGGCAGUUACUGGGCUCAUGCGUUCUGGCCAGCCCGUAGAACUGUCGCGAUCGGAAGAAAUUGGGCAGAUGAUACGCAAGUACACUGCGUUGCUGCCGGAGUGCGCCCCGGAUGGUGGCAUAGAAAAUAAUAACCGCGAAAGGAUCAUCCUGCUCACGGGGACCACGGGGAACCUCGGCGCGCAUGUGCUUGCGUUGCUGCUGAAGGACGAGGGGACGCAGCGCGUGUAUGCGGUGAAUCGUGGAGAGGACCUGGUAAAUCGCCAGAGAGCUGCAUUCAACGACGCGCAGCUGCCGUUGGGUUUACUCGAUAGCCCGAAACUGUCACUCUUGUCCGCAGACUUCACAGAGGACAGUCUGGGCCUACCUCAAGAAGAUAUUGACGACAUUCGCAAGACGGUUACGCACGUCGUACAUGCAGCUUGGCGGGUAGACUUCAACCUCGCGCUGUCGUCCUUCGAGAGCCUGGUAGCCGGUGCUGUCCGUCUUCUUAGCAUGGCGCCUGCAGCACACUAUCUCUUCAUGUCGUCCAUCUCUAUCGCUGCUGGCUGGAACGUCCAAGGAUACCAACGCGAUACGUAUGUGCCGGAGGCUGCUCUGCACGAAGACAUCGUUGCAGCUGCUACCUCCGGCUACGGAAUGUCCAAAUACGUCGUGGAAGAGGUCCUGUCAAACGCAUAUCAGAAAGGAUUCAAGACAACAUCGAUUCGCAUCGGACAGGUCUCAGGGACGUCUCAGAGCGGCGCAUGGAAUACUUCAGAAUGGGUGCCGAGUAUCGUCAAGUCGAGUCUCGCUUUAGGUGUCUUGCCUAAUUCAAACAACGUGGUUUCGUGGGUGCCGAUGGAUGUCGUUGCCCGUACUGUCGUCGACGUGGUGCUGGGGCCCGAGUCACCCGAACUGAUCAACGUAGUCCACCCGCAUCCCGUCAAAUGGAUUGUUGUAUUUGAGGCUAUCCAGGACGAGCUCGGCGUAGCACUUUCAUUUAUAUCAUUCCAUGAAUGGGUGAACCAGCUAGAAGCUGUCCCAGACACGACUACUCCGUCGGAUCUGGAGAGGAUUCCCGGCCUCAAACUACUUGAAACCUUCCGCGCGUUGGGCACUGCGGAGAUGGAGGCGCGGCCAGAGGACGAGAAGGAAUCCGAGUUCGGUGGACUUCCGCUAUUCGAGACGAACAAGGCGUGCGGCAUCAGCCAAACCCUCGCUACGAUUACCCCGCUCGAUGAACACGAUGCCAGAGCGUGGGUAAGAUACUGGAAGAAAGUCGGGUUUCUGGCGUGA